AUGGCAGGCCAAAACCGCAACUAUGACUUUCUCAUCAAGCUCCUUCUGAUCGGUGACUCGGGUGUUGGAAAAUCAUGCUGUCUGCUACGAUUCAGCGAGGACAGCUUCACCCCCUCGUUUAUCACCACCAUCGGCAUUGACUUCAAGAUCCGCACCAUCGAGCUCGACGGCAAGCGCGUCAAGCUGCAGAUCUGGGAUACCGCAGGCCAAGAGCGCUUCCGCACUAUCACCACCGCCUACUACCGUGGAGCCAUGGGUAUCCUGCUUGUCUACGACGUGACGGACGAGAAGAGCUUCAAUAACAUCCGCACUUGGUUCUCAAACGUCGAACAACACGCCAGCGAAGGCGUCAACAAGAUCCUUAUCGGAAACAAGUGUGAUUGGGAAGAGAAGCGCGUCGUCAGCACCGCCCAAGGCCAAGCCCUGGCCGACGAACUCGGCAUCCCCUUCAUCGAGGUCUCGGCAAAGUCAAACAUCAAUGUCGAAAAGGCCUUCUUCUCCCUCGCCUCGGAUAUCAAGAAACGCAUCAUUGACUCCAGCGGUGGUGGUCAACAGGGUGCCCAACAAGGUGCCAGCCAGGUUGAUGUUGGUCAGGGCCAAGGUGUUGCAGGAGGUAUGGGAAAGAACUGCUGUUAG